UUGUCCAGCGCGCAAAAGCUCGGUAGCAGCCGGUGGGGCGAGGGUUGGCGUCCAGGAGAGAGUGGGCGCCAGGGGAGCGCGACCCCAGUGUCCUCGCCACUCAGGGCAGGAGCAAGGACCAGAUCAGCCCGCGUCGCCUCGGACGUACCCGCUGGCAGCCCCGAGGAUGGCAACCUCGGAGAUGCGAGGCUCCCGGGAUGCCCCCACUCCGCGCCUAAGCCCGGGGGCCAGCCUGGAGGAGGCCGAGGCCGAGGAGGAGGACGAGGCGGCGGCGGCGGCGCGCAGGGCGCGGAGCUUCGCCCGAGACGCGCGGGUGCGCUUCCUCGGCGGCCGCCUGCAACAGCUGCUGGGGCUCCGGGAGGAGACGUGGAGCCACUACUUGGAAAGCGAGGACAACCGGCGGGUCCUGAGCGAGUUUCUGGAGCGCUGCGGCCCCGCCUGCCUGGUGUUCAGCGUCGCCGGCGAGGGGCGGCUCGCGGCCUCCCGGGAGAUUCCAAGAGAUGCAAAACAUAAACUUGUUUAUAUUGCCAAGAAGAUUACUGAAAACAGUGAAGCAAAUACUUUCUCUCAAAAGGUGUUCUUUGAAGAGUUACCUGCGUCAUCUCUUGGACAUGUAACUGCUUUCCUAGAUGAGAUACUAAUGCCAAUUCUUUCUAAUAAAAACAACCAUAAGUCCUGGUCAUAUUUUACUUCACAAGAUAUGGAACGUCACACAGAAGUCAUGAAAAAUAAGAUGCAUAUUUUUAGGGGCAAAAUGUCUAGAAGAACACGUCUCCCAAUUCCUACUGUUGCAGAAAAUAUUGACCUGGAUCAGAAUUAUUCGCAGACCAAACUACCCUCAAAUGAGAGGAGACUACUGCAUGAAAUUGAAUCUGUGGUUAUCAAGUGGUCACACCAAAUCCAAGAAAUUGUAGAAAGAGAUUCGCCACAGCCUUUGCAGAGUGGUCUUCACCUGACUCCUCUAACUGAGCUGGAUUUCUGGAUGUUGAGGAUGGAGAAUCUGUCAUGCAUUUAUGAUCAACUUCAAGCUCCUGUUGUCCUCAAGAUGGUUAAGAUCCUGAAAAGUAAACAGAGCAGCUACUUUCCUACUUUAAAGAACAUUUUCCUGGCUGUGGAAGACGCUCUCCUUGAAGCCCAAGAUGUGGAACUUUACCUGAGACCUCUGAGGAGACACAUUCAGUGUCUCCAGGAGACAGAAUUCCCACACACCUGUGCAUUAAUUGCCCCAUUGUUUCAUACCAUCUGCCUUAUUUGGAGUCAUUCCAAGUGUUACAACACUCCUGCUCGGGUGAUAGUCUUGUUGCAAGAAUUUUGCAAUCUCUUCAUUGACCAGGCAAUGGCUUACCUUUCCCCUGAGGACCUUUUAAAAGGAGAAAUUGAAGACUCACUGGAGAAGGUGCAGGUGGCCACUAACAUCUUAAAGACUUUCAAAAAUUCUUUUGUCUGCUAUAAAAGAGGAUUGGCAAGCUAUUUCACAGGAAACAAGGAGCUGAGACCCUGGGAUUUUCAGUCUCAUUUGGUGUUUUGCAGAUUUGACAACUUUCUUGACCGUUUAAUGAAAAUAGAGGAUAUAUUUGUCACCAUGCUGGAAUUUGAAAAGCUGGAAAGACUAGAAUUUGGUGGUACCAAGGGAGCAAUUUUAAAUGAACAAAUCCACGAGAUGAGUGAAGAAUUUAUGGAUCUCUGUAACAUUUUUAAACAGAGCACUUAUGACCCAUCUGCUUAUGACAACAUGGAGUUUGAAAAUGACUAUGUUGCAUUUAAGUCCAAAAUUUUGGAUUUUAAUAGAAGGCUCGGGACAAUUCUUUGUGAAGCUUUCUAUAACUGCCACGGUUUGGAAGCUGUAUUUAAGCUUUUGACCAUAUUUGGGAAUUUUCUAGAGAAACCAGUUGUCAUGGAAAUUUUUAGCCCACAUUACAGCACACUGGUGAACAUGUUAAAUACAGAGUUGGAUGUGUGUAAGCAAUUGUAUAAUGAGCACAUUAAACAGAUUGAACAUGGACAUGUAGUUCUUAACAAGAAUAUGCCAUUUACCUCUGGGAAUAUCAAAUGGGCCAAACAGGUCCUUGAACGCCUUCAAAUGUUUUGGUCAAAUUUUGUAUCUCUUCAUGAUAUAUUCUCAGAUGAUCCUGAUGAAGCUGCACUUUAUCAGAAGUAUGUUGAAAUGAUCACUUUGCUAGACCAAUUUGAAAAUCAUAUCUAUAAUGAAUGGAAAAGUAAUGUGGAUGAAAUCUGUGAAUUCAAUUUGAACCAACCCUUAGUUAAAUUCAGUGCCAUAAACGGUUUUCUUAGUGUCAACUUUGACCCAGAGCUGGUGGCAGUACUAAGAGAAGUGAAAUACCUUUUGAUGCUCAAGAAAUCAGAUAUACCAGAAUCAGCCUUAGCUAUCUUCAGAAAAAAGAAUACUAUUUUAAAGUACAUUGGGAACCUGGAGCUUCUUGUGAGAGGGUACAAUAGGCUGAAACAGACCCUUCUGGAAGUUGAAUACCCUCUGAUCAAAGAUGAGCUGGGGGCCCUUGAUGAGCAGCUGAAAGCAGCAACGACAUGGCUAACGUGGCAGGAUGACUGUUGGGAAUACAUGGAGAAGGUGCAGGCAGCCACCGCGGAGCUGGAGCGCAGGGUGGAGCGCACACAGAGCAACGUGCUCAACAUCCAGCGGACCCUGCGCACCUGGGCCGAGUGUCCACUCCUCUCCAGGCGUGAGCUGCGCAGGGAGGCAGCCUUGACUUUGGAGGACAAGGGGGACCUGUUUGCUAAGAAAUACAAGUUAAUCCAGGAAGACGGCCUCAAGAUACACGACCUGGUAGAGGAGAACAGGAAGCUCUUCAAAGCCAAUCCUUCUCUGGAUGCCUGGAAAAUUUAUGUAGAAUUCAUUGAUGAUAUUGUGGUGGAAGGCUUUUUUCAGGCUAUAGCGCAUGACUUAGACUUCUUUCUGAUGAAUACAGAGAAACAAUUGAAGCCUGCACCAUUUUUUCAAGCACAAAUGAUUUUAAUGCCCCCUGAGAUUGUGUUUAAACCUCCCUUAGAAAGAGAGGCUGGGGAUGGCAUCUAUGACCUGGUGGAAGAGAUGCUGUGCAGUAGUUUCAGAAUGUCUGCCCAGAUGAAGCGAGUAGCAGCACAUCUGGAAAUAGCAAAUUACCAGAAUGAUAUGGAUACCAUGUUAGGCUUGGCAGAGGCCAGGCAGGAGAUAAUGAACAGAGUGGGCGAUGUCAUCAACAAAGUCUUAGACUUUAGAAAUUCCUUGGAGACCUAUGCUUAUCUCUGGGUGGAUGACCGCACAGAGUUCAUGAGGCAUUUUCUCCUGUAUGGUCACACGGCAUCAUCUGAGGAAAUGGAUGCUCACACAAAUGAAGAUGUUCCUGAACAGCCACCAACUCUUGAACAAUUCAAAGAACAGAUCGACAUUUAUGAAGCUUUGUAUGUUCAGAUGAGCAAGUUGGAUGACUUCAGAGUCUUUAAUAGUUGGUUUAAGGUGGACAUGAAACGAUUCAAAGUGACCUUGCUGAAUGUGAUUAAGAAAUGGAGCUGGAUGUUUCAGGAGCAUCUGUUGAGAUUUGUCAUCGACAGUCUGAAUGAGCUGCAGGAAUUUAUGAAGGAUACAGAUGCAGGACUUCAAAGAAAACCAAGUGAAGGUGACCACGAUGGUUUAGUUGACAUCAUGGGGAAUCUACUGGCUGUAAGAAGCCGACAGAGAGCUACUGAUGAACUCUUUGAACCUCUGAAGGAAACCAUCACACUCCUGGAAAGCUAUGGCCAGAAGAUGCCUGAGCAAGUCUAUGCUCAGCUGGAGGAAUUACCUGAAAAAUGGGAAACAACCAAGAAGAUUGCAGCAACAGUUAGACAUGAAGUUUCACCUCUCCAAAAUGCAGAAGUCUCUCUUAUACGGAAAAAAUGUAUUUUAUUUGAUGAAAAGCAGGCAGAGUUCAGAGAGAGGUUCAGAAGCUACGCCCCUCUUGGUUUUAAUGCAGAAAACCCAUAUACAGUGCUUGAUAAGGCAAAUCUGGAACUCGAGGCAUUAGAGGAAGAAAUGUUGCAAAUACAGGAAUCUGCUCGCCUCUUUGAAGUGGCUCUUCCAGAGUACAAACAGAUGAAACAGUAUCGCAAAGAAAUACAAUUGCUCAAGGGACUCUGGGAUGUCAUUAUUUAUGUUAGAAGAAGCAUUGAUAAUUGGACUAAAACCCAGUGGAGACAGAUUAAUGUGGAACAGAUGGAUGUAGAACUCCGAAAGUUUGCCAAGGAAAUCUGGUCACUAGAUAAAGCUGUCCGUGUCUGCGAUGCUUAUGCAGGUCUGGAAGGCACUGUGAAGAACAUGACAAUCUUCCUGAGAGCCAUCUCUGAGUUACAGAGUCCUGCCCUCAGGGAUAGGCAUUGGCACCAGCUGAUGAAGGCCAUUGGGGUCACAUUUUCAAUAAAUGAAGCCACAACUUUGGCAGAUUUGUUAGCACUACAGUUACACCGAGUGGAAGAUGAGAUCCGAAGCAUUGUGGACAAAGCAGUGAAAGAACUGGGCACUGAGAAGGUUAUUACUGAAAUCAGCCAGACCUGGGCAACCAUGGAGUUUUCUUAUGAAGUUCACUAUCGAACAAGUAUUCCACUACUGAAGUCUGAUGAACAGCUUUUUGAAACUUUGGAGCACAACCAAGUUCAGUUACAGACUGUUCUUCAAAGCACGUAUGUGGAAUAUUUCAUCGAGCAGGUUUUAAGCUGGCAGAAUAAAUUAAACAUAGCAGACUCGGUCAUCUUUACUUGGAUGGAAGUCCAGCGAACUUGGUCUCACCUGGAAAGCAUUUUUGCUUGUUCAGAAGAUAUUCAAAUCCAGCUUGUGGAAGAUGCCAGGAUAUUUGAUGGAGUAGAUGCUGAAUUUAAGGAGUUAAUGUUCAAGACAGCCAAAACAAAAAAUGUUUUAGAAGCAACAUGCAGACCUCAUCUCUAUGAAAAACUUAAAGAUUUACAAUACAGGCUUUCCCUUUGUGAAAAAGCUCUUGCUGAAUACCUGGAAACCAAGCGGGUAGCUUUUCCUCGCUUCUACUUCAUCUCCUCUGCUGACUUGCUUGACAUUCUCUCCAAGGGAGCUCAGCCUAAACAGGUAACACAUCACCUUGCCAAACUCUUCGACAGCAUCUCAGAUCUGCAAUUUGAAGAUGAUCAGGAUGUUUCUGCACACAGAGCAGUUGGAAUGUACAGCAAGGAGAUGGAGCAUGUUGCAUUCCAUGCUGAGUGUGAAUGCAUAGGCCAUGUGGAAACUUGGCUUCUGCGGCUUGAAUGGACUAUGCAAGAAACAGUGCGCCAGUCUAUCACAGAAGCCAUAGCAGCCUAUGAGGAAAAACCCAGGGAACUGUGGAUUUUUGAUUUCCCAGCUCAGGUUGCUCUGACAAGCUCACAAAUAUGGUGGACUACAGAUGUAGGAAUAGCCUUCAGUAGGCUGGAGGAAGGCUAUGAAACGGCCCUGAAGGAUUUUCAUAAAAAACAGAUUUCUCAGCUGAAUACACUGAUUACACUUUUGCUGGGAGAACUUCCACUUGGUGACAGGCAGAAGAUCAUGACAAUUUGUACCAUAGAUGUUCAUGCAAGAGAUGUGGUGGCAAAACUUAUUUCUCAGAAGGUUGUCAGUCCCCAAGCUUUCACUUGGCUGUCUCAACUUCGUCACCAGUGGGAGGACACCCAGAAACACUGCUUUGUUAACAUUUGUGACGCUCAGUUCCAGUACUUCUAUGAAUACUUAGGAAAUAGUCCUCGACUAGUGAUCACUCCUCUCACUGACAGGUGUUAUAUUACUUUAACUCAGUCACUGCAUCUAACCAUGAGCGGGGCUCCUGCUGGCCCGGCUGGUACAGGGAAGACGGAAACUACCAAAGAUCUUGGACGUGCGCUUGGCAUGAUGGUUUAUGUAUUCAACUGUUCAGAGCAAAUGGACUACAAAUCCAUAGGAAAUAUCUAUAAAGGCCUGGUGCAGACAGGAGCAUGGGGCUGCUUUGAUGAGUUCAACCGCAUUGCUGUGGAGGUUCUGUCCGUGGUGGCCGUGCAAGUAAAAACGAUUCAUGAUGCCAUCAGAAAUGGGAGAAAAAAAUUUGUAUUUCUUGGAGAAGCUGUCACACUGAAGCCAUCAGUUGGAAUAUUUAUCACUAUGAACCCAGGAUAUGCUGGUCGAACAGAAUUACCAGAAAACCUGAAAGCACUUUUCAGACCUUGUGCCAUGGUCGCCCCUGACAUUGAGCUGAUCUGUGAAAUCAUGCUCGUGGCUGAAGGUUUUGUGGAUGCACGCUCAUUAGCCCGAAAGUUCAUUUCAUUGUACACACUCUGCAAGGAGCUCCUGUCCAAGCAGGAUCACUAUGACUGGGGACUUCGUGCUGUUAAAUCGGUCUUGGUUGUCGCUGGCUCUCUGAAACGAGGAGAUAAAAAUCGACCGGAAGAUCAGGUCCUCAUGAGAGCACUAAGGGACUUCAAUAUGCCGAAAAUAGUGACUGACGAUGUCCCAGUGUUUCUGGGCCUGGUUGGCGACCUGUUUCCAGCCCUGGACGUGCCCAGGAGGAGGAAGCCACACUUUGAACAGAUGGUCAGGCAGUCCACCCUGGAGCUCCGCCUGCAGCCCGAGGAGAGCUUCAUUCUCAAAGUCGUCCAGCUUGAGGAGCUGCUGGCCGUACGACACUCUGUCUUUGUGGUUGGAAACGCAGGCACAGGGAAGAGCAAGAUUUUGAGAACACUGAACCGAACAUACGUUCACAUGAAACAGAAGCCCGUUUGGAAUGACUUGAACCCUAAAGCUGUGACAACAGAUGAACUCUUUGGUUUCAUACAUCAUGCUACCCGAGAAUGGAAAGAUGGUCUGUUCUCUUCCAUUCUACGAGAACAAGCAAAUCUUACACAUGAUGGGCCAAAAUGGAUAGUCUUGGAUGGAGAUAUAGACCCCAUGUGGAUUGAAUCACUAAAUACAGUCAUGGAUGAUAACAAGGUGCUGACCCUGGCCAGCAAUGAGCGGGUGGCCCUCACUCCUUCCAUGAGGCUUCUGUUUGAGAUACAUCACUUGCGGACAGCCACCCCAGCCACUGUCUCCAGAGCUGGUAUUCUGUAUGUGAACCCACAGGAUUUGGGCUGGAAUCCGUAUGUGGCCAGUUGGAUAGACAGAAGGCGGCAUCAAUCAGAAAAGGCCAAUUUAACUAUUCUUUUUGAUAAAUACAUUCCUGCAUGUUUGGAUAAGCUGAGAACCAGCUUCAAAACCAUCACCUCUAUUCCAGAAAACAGCCUGGUACAGACCGUUUGUGCGCUUUUGGACUGUUUGUUGACUCCUGAAAAUGUGCCUUCUGACAGCCCAAAAGAAGUUUACGAAGUCUAUUUUGUCUUUGCCUGCAUCUGGGCAUUCGGAGGCACCCUGCUGCAUGACCAGCUUUCUGAUAAUCAAGCCAACUUUAGUCAGUGGUGGCAUAAAGAGAUGAAAGCAGUGAAAUUUCCAUCCCAGGGAACAAUCUUUGAUUAUUAUCUGGACCACAGAACUAAGAAAUUCUUGCCUUGGGCAGACAAGAUCCCCCAGCUUACUAUGGAUCCUGAUGCUCCUCUUCAGACAGUUCUGGUUCACACAUCAGAGACAACUCGCCUUAGGUAUUUCAUUGAAUUGUUGCUUGAAAAAGGAAAGCCACUCAUGGUAGUUGGAAAUGCAGGAGUGGGGAAAACGGUCUUUGUGGAUGAUAUACUGGCAAGUCUGCCGGAGGACUACAUGGUAUCCCAUGUGCCUCUCAACUACUACACGACAUCGGCAGCCCUGCAGAGAAUUCUUGAGAAACCUCUAGAGAAAAAAGCUGGCCGUAACUAUGGCCCAGGAGGAAAUAAAAAAUUGGUUUAUUUCAUUGAUGACAUGAAUAUGCCUGAAGUGGAUUCAUAUGGCACUGUUCAGCCACACACUCUGAUUCGGCAGCAUAUUGAUUAUGGACACUGGUAUGAUAGACAGAAAGUGAUGCUUAAAGAAAUCCACAACUGCCAGUAUGUGGCCUGCAUGAAUCCCACAGUGGGCAGCUUCACAGUCAGUGCCCGGCUGCAGAGACAUUUCACAGUGUUUGCAUUCAACUUUCCAUCUUUGGAUGCACUGAACACCAUCUAUGGCCAGAUCUUUAACUUCCAUUUCCAGCACCAAGCCUUUAGUCCGUCAGUUCUCAGAAGCGGCCCCUCUUUGAUCCAGGCAACAAUAGCAGUCCAUCACAUGAUGACACGGACCUUUUUACCCACAGCUGUCAAAUUCCACUAUAUUUUUAAUCUGAGAGACUUAUCAAACAUCUUUCAGGGAAUUUUGUUUGCUUCUCCUGAGUGUUUAAAAGACCCAAAUGAUUUAAUACACCUGUGGCUUCAUGAAUCCUCUCGUGUUUAUGGAGACAAACUGAUAGACACGAAAGAUUGUGGCUUGUUUCAGAAAAAAAUACUGGAAACUGCUUAUAAAUAUUUUGAAGGUCUCAACAGUCACCUUGAGUUGCUUCAGCAACCCCUUGUUUACUGCCACUUUGCUAAAGGUGGGGAGGAGCCAUGUUACAUGCCAGUGAAGGAUUGGGAAGCGCUGAAGAUGAUUCUUACCGAGUCACUUGAUAACUACAAUGACCUCAAUGCUGCCAUGCACCUGGUAUUGUUUGAAGAUGCUAUGCAACAUGUGUGUCGCAUCUGCCGAAUCCUCAGGACCCCUCAGGGUCACGCCCUCUUGAUUGGAGUCGGAGGCAGUGGCAAGCAGAGUCUGUCUAGACUGGCAGCUCACAUUUGCAGCCUUGAGGUCUUUCAGGUCACCCUGACUGAAGGCUAUGGGAUCCAAGACCUUCGGGUAGAUCUUGCCAAUUUGUACAUCAGAAUAGGAGCCAAGAACAUGCCCACUGCAUUCCUGCUGACAGAUGCCCACGUUCUAGAUGAGAGCUUUCUCGUGCUGAUUAAUGACUUGCUGGUGUCAGGAGAAAUCUUGGAUCUGUUCAGUGAGGACGAUGUGGACAAGAUAGUUUCUGGAGUUCGUAAUGAAGUUCGUGGUCUAGGCAUGGUGGACUCCAGGGAAAAUUGCUGGAAAUUCUUUUUGGCCAAGGUUCGACUACAGCUCAAAAUCAUUUUGUGCUUCUCUCCAGUUGGUCACACACUAAGAGUCAGAGCUCGAAAGUUCCCAGCCAUAGUUACCUGCACAGCUAUUGACUGGUUUCAUGCGUGGCCGCAGGCGGCUCUGGUCUCAGUCAGCAGGAGGUUUAUUGAGGAAACCGAAGGAAUCGAGGCAGUGCACAAAGAUUCAAUUAGCCUCUUCAUGGCACAUGUUCACACCAGUGUAAAUGAAAUGAGUGACAGGUAUUACCAGAACGAGAGAAGACACAACUACACCACUCCAAAGAGCUUCCUAGAACAGAUAUCACUGUUUAAGAACUUGUUGAAGAAGAAACAGAAAGACGUAGCUCAGAAAAAAGAGCACUUACUGAAUGGAAUCCAGAAGCUCAAAACCACAGCCUCUCAGGUGGGAGAUCUGAAAGCCAGACUUGCCUUACAAGAAGCUGAGUUGCAGCUGAGAAAUCAUGAUGCUGAAGCUCUGGUCACAAAGAUCGGGCUUCAGACGGAGAAAGUGAGCCGGGAAAAGGCCAUCGCGGAUGCUGAGGAGCAAAAGGUGGCAGCCAUUCAGACUGAGGUGUCUCAGAAGCAGAGAGAAUGUGAGGCUGACUUGCUCAAGGCUGAGCCUGCACUGGUGGCUGCUACUGCUGCGCUCAAUACACUCAACAGGGUCAACCUCACUGAACUGAAAGCCUUUCCCAACCCCCCAAAUGCAGUCACCAAUGUCACUGCAGCCGUGAUGGUCCUCCUGGCUCCCCGGGGAAGAGUGCCGAAAGACCGAAGUUGGAAAGCAGCUAAAGUCUUCAUGGGGAAGGUUGAUGAUUUUUUGCAAGCUUUAAUUAACUAUGACAAAGAGCACAUUCCAGAGAACUGUCUAAAAGUGGUGAAUGAACAGUAUUUGAAGGACCCAGAGUUCAAUCCAAACCUGAUUCGGACCAAAUCUUUUGCAGCGGCUGGUCUCUGUGCCUGGGUCAUCAAUAUCGUUAAAUUCUAUGAGGUCUACUGUGAUGUGGAGCCAAAACGUCAAGCAUUAGCCCAAGCAAACUUAGACUUGGCUGCAGCUACUGAAAAACUAGUGGCCAUCAGGAAAAAACUUGGGGAUCUGGAUCAACAUCUUCGCAGACUCACAGCUUCAUUUGAAAAAGCAACAGCUGAGAAAGUCCGAUGUCAAGAAGAGGUGAACCAAACCAACAAAACCAUUGAAUUAGCAAAUAGGCUUGUCAGAGAACUUGAGUCAGAGAAGAUUCGCUGGGGUCAGUCUGUCCAGUCCUUCGAGGCUCAGGAGAAGACCCUCUGUGGCGAUGUUCUCCUCACAGCAGCAUUCGUGUCUUACACUGGAUCCUUCACCAAACAGUACCGCCAGGAGCUGGUGCACUGCAAGUGGGUUCCGUUUCUUCAGCAGAAGGUUUCCAUCCCAAUAACGGGAGGCCUGGACGUGGUUGCCAUGUUGACGGAUGAUGCUACAAUUGCCACCUGGAAUAAUGAGGGACUGCCCAGUGACAGAAUGUCAAUUGAAAAUGCCACUAUCCUAACACAUUGUGAACGCUGGCCCCUGAUGAUAGAUCCCCAGCAACAGGGAAUUAAGUGGAUCAAGAAUAAGUAUGGAACUGACCUGAAAGUCACACAUUUAGGCGAGAAAGGGUUUUUGAAUGCCAUUGAUACUGCUUUGGCUUUUGGUAAUGUCAUCUUAGUGGAAAACCUCGAAGAAACAAUAGAUCCAGUUCUUGACCCACUGCUUGGCAGGAACACGAUUAAAAAAGGAAAGUAUAUCCGGAUUGGAGAUAAAGAAUGUGAGUUUAACAGUAACUUUCGCCUCAUCCUUCACACAAAACUGGCAAAUCCUCACUAUAAGCCAGAAUUACAAGCUCAGACAACCCUCCUCAAUUUCACCGUCACAGAAGAUGGCCUGGAAGCCCAGCUGCUGGCAGAGGUUGUCAGCAUUGAAAGGCCAGAUUUAGAGAAACUUAAGUUGGCUUUGACAAAGCACCAAAACGACUUUAAGAUUGAGCUGAAACAGCUUGAGGAUGACCUCCUUCUGCGCCUUUCUGCCGCAGAGGGAAGCUUCCUUGAUGACACUGACCUAGUAGAGAGAUUGGAGACAACCAAGUCUACUGCAGCAGAGAUAGAGCUCAAGGUGAUUGAAGCCAAAGAAAAUGAAAGAAAAAUCAACGAGGCUCGAGAAUGUUACAGACCAGUGGCAGCAAGAGCAUCUCUUCUUUACUUUGUUAUUAACAACCUCAGAAACAUCAACCCCAUCUAUCAGUUCUCUUUGAAGGCUUUCAACAUGCUGUUCCACAGAGCAAUCGAGCAAGCCAACAAGGUAGAGGACACACAGGGGCGCAUCUCAGUCCUGACAGAGAGCCUCACGUGUGCCGUCUUCCUCUACACCAGCCAAGCACUGUUUGAGAAGGACAAGCUCACCUUCCUGUCCCAGAUGGCUUUUCAGAUUUUGCUGAAAAAGAAAGAGAUAGACCCUCUUGAAUUAGAUUUCCUGCUUCGAUUCAAAGUUGAACACACUUACUUGAGUCCCGUUGACUUCUUAACUACUCAGUCAUGGAGUGCUAUUAAGGCCGUUGCCCUUAUGGAAGAAUUUCAAGGCUUAGACCGAGAUAUAGAAGGAUCUGCCAAGCAGUGGAGGAAGUGGGUAGAAUCUGAGUGUCCCGAAAAAGAAAAGUUACCUCAAGAAUGGAAGAAGAAAAAUUUAAUACAGAAGCUGAUUAUUUUGAGAGCAGUGCGCCCUGACAGGAUGACAUAUGCUCUCAGAAAUUUUGUGGAGGAAAAACUUGGUGCAAAAUAUGUGGAGAGGACCAGAUUGGACUUAGGUAAAGCACUGGAAGAAAGCAGCCCAGCCACCCCAGUAUUCUUCAUCCUGUCCCCGGGGGUGGAUGCCCUUAAAGACCUAGAGAUGCUUGGCAAAAGACUCGGGUUUACAAUUGACUCGGGAAAAUUCUACAAUGUGUCUUUAGGACAAGGUCAGGAAAAGGUGGCAGAAACGGCACUAGAGAAAGCUUCCAGAAGGGGACACUGGGUCAUACUGCAAAAUGUCCACUUGGUGGCCAAGUGGCUAGGAACCUUGGAGAAACUCCUUGAAGGAUUCAGCCAAGGAAGCCAUGAAGAUUUCCGGGUGUUUAUGAGCGCUGAGUCUGCACCUACACCGGAUGAGCACAUCAUCCCUCAAGGACUCCUGGAAAAUUCCAUUAAGAUUACCAAUGAGCCUCCCACAGGCAUGCUAGCCAAUUUGCAUGCUGCCCUGUACAACUUCAAUCAGGAUACACUUGAGAUAUGCACCAAGGAGCAGGAGUUCAAAAGCAUUCUCUUUUCGCUGUGCUAUUUCCAUGCCUGUGUUGCGGGGAGACUGAGAUUUGGCUCCCAAGGCUGGAGCCGAAGCUACCCUUUCAAUCCUGGAGACCUUACCAUCUGUGCCAAUGUCCUCUACAACUACUUAGAGGCAAACCCUAAUGUCCCAUGGGAAGACCUCCGUUAUCUCUUUGGUGAGAUCAUGUACGGGGGCCACAUCACAGAUGUCUGGGAUCGCAGACUGUGCCAGGUGUACUUAGAAGAAUUCAUGAAUCCGUCUCUGAUUGAAGACGAACUCAUGCUGGCCCCAGGCUUUGCAGCCCCUCCCUACCUCGAUUAUUCAGGCUACCAUCAGUACAUAGAGGAAAUGCUGCCUCCAGAAAGCCCAGCACUGUACGGCCUCCACCCCAAUGCUGAAAUAGAGUUCCUAACAGUGACAUCCAACACUCUCUUCAGAACUUUGCUGGAGAUGCAGCCCAGGAGUGCACUCCGCACUGACGAACUGGGGCAGUCUGCAGAAGACAAGGUUAAGAAUGUCUUGGAUGACAUUUUGGAGAAACUUCCAGAAGAGUUCAACAUGGCAGAGAUAAUGCAAAAGACCUCAAAUAGAAGCCCAUAUGUUCUUGUUUGUUUCCAAGAAUGUGAGAGGAUGAAUAUUCUCAUUCAGGAAAUUCGUGCAUCACUUGAACAAUUAGACCUUGGAUUAAAGGGGGAGCUGACAUUGUCUCCUGAUGUGGAAGCCCAGCAGUCUGCACUGAGCUAUGACAGAGUUCCACAUACCUGGAGCAAACUGGCUUACCCAUCUACUUACGGCCUUGCCCAGUGGUUUAAUGACCUCCUCUUGCGCUGCCGAGAACUGGACACUUGGACCCAAGACCUUGUCCUUCCAGCUGUUGUGUGGCUUUCUGGCUUCUUCAACCCUCAGUCCUUCUUAACUGCAAUCAUGCAAUCCAUGGCUCGAAAAAAUGAGUGGCCCCUGGACAGAAUGUGCCUGACUGUGGAUGUUACCAAGAAAGUGAAGGAAGAUUACAGCCACCCCCCGAGGGAGGGUGCAUACCUCCACGGGCUCAGCAUGGAAGGAGCCAGAUGGGACAUCCAGUCUGGAACCAUUGUCCAAGCCCGCCUCAAAGAGCUGACAUCCACGAUGCCGGUCAUCUUUGCCAAAGCCAUACCCAUGGACAGACAAGAAACCAGACAGACCUAUGAGUGCCCUGUGUACAAAAACAAAAUGAGGGGCUCCACCUACAUCUGGACCUUCAGGCUGAAAAGCAAAGAGAAGACAGCUAAGUGGGUGCUGGCAGGCGUGGCUCUGUUGCUAGAAGCAUAAGGAGGCCUUCAUACUGGGACUUAGGUUGCUCUAGCCUAUGCCGGAACAACAGUGAGCAUUCCCUAUUGUGUCACUACACUGGUUCCUAUUAAUUUAUUCUACUGAAGGGCAUAAAACAUUGCAGCUUACGUAAUUUUUUAGUAACUUACAUGUGCAAACAGUACCCUUAAACAGUGGAGAAUGGGACAGAAAGAAGCAAAUAUAGAAAAUAAUACUAGAAAUCUGUUCAGGAACUAUGUUCACUGAUUUAGCUCUCCAGGGUUCCUCCCUGAUACCCAUUCUCUCAACACAAAAUAUACUGUCUCUCACAUUUUCACCAAGAUUCUACUAAAUCUCAAAAACCAUGCAGCUUGAAGGAACGGGAAUUUUAGUUCUUAUGGAUAGUAAAACUUAGCCCUUAAAUUCUUUCAAAACUAGAAGCAGCAGGCUCCAGGCAAGUCAUAAAGGAAAAGCUAGGCCCUCCAAGGCCUCCAGGGUCUGUAACAUGACAGUCCACUUUUGUUUAGUUUUCCUAAUAACUCUCAUGUGGUUAACUGCACUUUGUAAUUUAGGGACACAUUCUUCAGUAUGAAUGACCCAGAGCAGGAUAAACUACAUGGUUUGAGCCACUCACUCACAAUACAACAAACUAAAUGAGAAGACUUGUGUAAGCAGCUCUUGCCUUUGACCUUGUGUAAUUUACCUUUUACUUCCCAAACUGCCCCCUCUGCCAUUUUUACUGGCAUUAUUACCGUAACUUACCUGAACUUUAACUCCACCCAUUUAAACUGUGCUUCCGAAUCAUACUAAGCAACUACUUAGAACAAUACAAAUCUGUGUAUACAUGGAUAUAGAUUUCUCUGCUUUACUAUUUUCCUGAAAAAUCUUUCAAGCAUAUAAACAAUUUUUAAAAAUAGUAUUCAGAAACAACUCUACAAAGAAUUUCUGUAUAAAAAUACAAGUUUAACAAAUCUUA